GCUAUUUGGUUGGCCAGCGCGCUUGGUACUACGUCAUUCACCCGCGCCACCCGGAAGCCGCAAUUCAUACCAACCGUUCUUUUUGCCGGCGGCCCUGAGGAGCCCAUGAUGGCGACGCCCCCUAAACGGCGGGCGGUGGAGGCCACGGGGGAGAAAGUGCUGCGCUACGAGACCUUCAUCAGUGAUGUGUUGCAGCGGGACUUGCGAAAGGUGCUGGACCAUCGAGACAAGGUAUAUGAGCAGCUGGCCAAAUACCUUCAAUUGAGAAAUGUCAUUGAGCGACUCCAGGAAGCUAAGCACUCGGAGUUAUAUAUGCAGGUGGAUUUGGGCUGUAACUUCUUCGUUGACACAGUGGUCCCAGAUACUUCACGAAUCUACGUGGCCCUGGGAUAUGGUUUUUUCCUGGAGUUGACGCUGGCAGAAGCUCUUAAGUUCAUUGACCGUAAGAGCUCUCUCCUCACAGAGCUCAGCGACAUCCUCACCAAGGAUUCCAUGAAUAUUAAAGCCCAUAUCCACAUGUUGCUAGAGGGGCUUAGAGAACUACAAGGCCUGCAGAAUUUCCCAGAGAAGCCUCACCAUUGACUUCUUGCCUCCAUUCUCCAACAUUAAAGAGCCUGAAUGCC